UAUGACGGAGUGUGGAUGGAUCAUUGCAACUUUCUGUAUAACUUUGACUUAAUACAUUAUUUUGGAAGUUUCCUUUGUACGCAAGGAAAAGCGCUGUCGUAGAUGGCAGAUUAGCUUUUAGAUUGUCCGAUCUGAGGAGAGUGGCUGAGUCUGUGAUAGGCAUGUAGCUGUAACGUCAGCUGUAGCUACCGUUAGCUAGAUGUGGAUUCCAUUGGUGGAAAACUGGAAUGCCUUGACAGCUCGCUGGGUGAUGUGAUGGGAUGUGGUUCUGUUUUGACUGAAAUGCUGAGCUAGUUACUUACAUUGGCACUAUAUUUUUAUUUUCCCUGUAGUGCUCCAGUCAUUUUUUUUUAACCAUCAGAUCAUGACAAUAACAGGAUUAUAGACUAGCGAGUUUGGUAGAACGUCGGCUACUUCUUUCAGAAUAAUGACCAUAACCAGCUACUAUUCUGAAAGAAAGGGCUACUUUCAGAAUUAUAGUUGGCUCUAGCACCAGCGAGGGCUCUUUUUGUAGACGUUAGCUGACUAGGUGACGUAAACUCUUAUUUUCAAACGUAGCAAGCCACCAACUAGCCGCUUAAAUAACCUCGGUUAGCUAACUAUUUUGACAUUGCUGCGUUGCUCACAUUAAUCUGGUUGUGUUGUUGUGGUAAACAGCCUGACACAUUUUUUGUUUGUUUCGCUUUUCUUUUUAAUUUAAAGUACAGUACCAACCUCGGUUUGCCCCCAAAGAAUGCCCCAGACUAAAAAGCCCAAAAGUGUACCCGCUAGUUCGAGUCAGCUGUGUGGUUCAGACCGGGAAGAACCACAACAGCAUGUCGAACCGAAAGAGCAAUGGUCAUCGGGGGACUGUGAAGGAGGUGGCGAAGAUAACUUGGGCGACCCCCAGAUAAUCAAAUCUCCAAGUGACCCAAAACGCUACAGGUACAUCGAGUUGAACAAUGGACUGAGGGCUCUUCUCAUCUCAGACAUGAGCGGUGGAUCCACAGACUCAGACAAUUCAGGGGGAGAGGAGGGAGAGGAGGAGGAGGAGAGUGGGGAGGAGGAUGAGGGCUCUGUUGGGGGCAGUGAAGACGAAUCUGGAGAUGACGAGAAGGACUACAACAGUGAGCUGGAUGAGGACAGCGAUGGAAAGGAGAAAAAGGGAUGCUCAGAAAAGCAGUCCGCAGCUGCUCUGUGUAUUGGAGUGGGCAGUUUCAGUGACCCUGAGGACCUGCCUGGUUUAGCCCAUUUCCUUGAGCACAUGGUGUUUAUGGGCAGUGAGAAGUACCCUGCUGAGAAUGGCUUUGACGCAUUUCUGAAGAAACACGGUGGCAGCGACAAUGCCUCCACAGACUGUGAGAGAACCAUCUUCCAGUUUGACAUUCAGAGGAAACACUUCAGGGAGGCCUUGGACAGAUGGGCGCAAUUCUUCAUCUGUCCCCUCAUGAUCAAAGACGCCAUCGACAGGGAGGUGGAGGCCGUCGACAGCGAGUACCAGCUGGCACGGCCAUCUGACUCUCACCGCAAGGAGAUGCUCUUUGGCAGCCUGGCGAAGCCCAACCACCCCAUGGGCAAAUUCUGCUGGGGAAAUGCGCAGACGUUGAAAUAUGAACCGAGAGAGAAGAAUAUCGACACCUACAUGCGUCUGCGCGAGUUCUGGAAGAGGCACUACUCCGCCCAUUACAUGACACUCACCGUACAGUCCAAAGAGACCUUGGACACUCUGGAGGAGUGGGUGAGGGAGAUCUUCAGAAAAGUCCCCAACAAUGGUCAACUCAAACCUGACUUCUCACACCUCCAGGAUCCAUUCGACACCCCAGCUUUCAACAAACUUUACAGAGUAAUACCUGUGAAGAAGGUGCAUGCGCUCAACAUCACCUGGGCACUGCCUCCACAGGGGAAACAUUACAGAGUAAAACCUCUCCAUUACAUCUCCUGGCUGAUUGGUCAUGAAGGAACCGGCAGCAUCCUCUCCUUGCUGAGGAAGAGGUGUUGGGCUCUGUCUCUGUUUGGUGGGAACAGCGAAACGGGCUUCGACCAGAACACUACCUACUCAAUCUUCAGCAUCUCCAUCACCCUGACGGAUGAGGGCUUCCAAAACUUCUACCAGGUGGUUCACCUGGUGUUCCAGUACCUGAAGAUGCUGCAGACAGUAGGACCCCAGCAGAGAAUUUAUGAGGAAAUUCAGAAGAUUGAAGCCAAUGAGUUUCACUACCAAGAGCAGACAGACCCCAUAGAUUAUGUAGAAAACAUCUGUGAGAACAUGCAGCUUUUUUCCAAGGAGGACUUCCUGACCGGCAACCAGCUCAUGUUUGAGUACAAACCUGAGGUGAUCUCGGAGGCUCUGACCCUCCUGACCCCGGAGAAAGCCAACCUGCAGCUGCUGUCACCUGAGCACGAGGGUCACUGUGAGCUGAGGGAGAAAUGGUUCGGGACACAGUACAGCGUCGAAGAUGUCAAGCAGGAAUGGAGAGAAUGCUGGGCUGCAGAUUUUGAGAUGAAUCCAGAACUUCUCCUUCCAGCAGAGAACAAGUUUAUUGCCACAGAUUUUACUUUGAAAACAUCUGACUGCCCUGACACAGAGUAUCCUGUUAGAAUCAUCAACAAUGAGAAGGGCUGUCUCUGGUUCAAGAAGGACAACAAGUUCAAAAUACCCAAAGCUUAUGUGCGGUUCCAUUUCCUGUCUCCUGUGAUUCAGAAAUCUCCUGAGAACCUGGUGCUGUUUGAUAUCUUCAUUAACAUCCUGGCCCACAACCUGGCUGAACCAGCCUACGAGGCGGACGUGGCUCAGCUGGAGUACAAGCUGGUGGCCGGAGAGCAUGGUGUAAUGAUAAAGGUCAAGGGCUUCAACCAUAAGCUGCCACUGCUCCUGAACCUGAUUGUGGACUACCUGGCGGACUUCACUGCAGCCCCAGACGUGUUCACUAUGUUCACUGAACAGCUGAAGAAGACUUACUUCAACAUCCUCAUUAAACCAGACAGACUGGGAAAGGACGUGCGGCUCCUGAUCCUGGAGCACAGCCGCUGGUCUACCGUCCAGAAGUACCAGGCCGUGAUGAAGGGGCUCAGCGUGACCGACCUGAUGGGCUUCGUCAGCGGCCUCAAGUCCGAGAUGUAUGCAGAGGGGCUGGUGCAGGGGAACUUCACCAGCUCUGAAUCGGUGGAGUUUCUGCAGUAUGUUAUUGACAAGCUGCAGUUCAAAUGUCUGUCAGAAGAGGUCCCUGUUCUCUUCAGAGUGGUCGAGCUCCCAGACAAACACCACUUGUGCAAAGUCAAGUCACUCAACAAGGGAGAUGCCAACUCUGAAGUCACUGUGUACUACCAGUCGGGGCUGAAGGACCUGCGGGAGCACGCCAUGAUGGAGCUGCUGGUGAUGCAUAUGGAAGAGCCCUGCUUUGACUUCCUCAGGACCAAGGAAACUCUUGGGUAUCAAGUGUAUCCCACCUACAGAAACACUUCUGGUGUUCUAGGCUUUUCUGUUACUGUGGAGACGCAGGCCACAAAAUUCAGCACUGACCUGGUGGAGAUGAAGAUUGAGGAGUUCUUGGUCAGCUUUGGAGACAAGAUGGCCGCCCUGACAGAUGAAGCUUUUAAAGCUCAGGUGACGGCCCUGAUAAAGCUGAAGGAGUGUGAGGACACUCACCUGGGGGAAGAGGUGGACAGGAACUGGUUUGAAGUGGUCACCCAGCAAUAUGUCUUCGACAGGCUCAGCAAAGAGAUUGAGGCUUUGAGGCUGAUCACUAAGGCAGAGCUGGUGUCCUGGUUCAUGGAGCACAGAGGGGCAGGCAGCAGGAAGCUGAGUGUGCACGUGGUGGGUUUUGGAGAGGAGGAGAGUGACCCGGCGGGGGGAGAGCAGGGCAGCGGCGCUCCUGAGGGCUCCGCGUACGGGGAGGUGUCCAGGCUCACCUUCCUGCCCGCCUCUCCCGUGCUGGCGGACGCCACGGCGAUCACGGACAUCCGGGCCUUCACCUCCGCCCUCACCCUCUACCCUUACCACAAGAUACUGAAAUAGAGCGGGGCGGAGCUAUAGCAGCGGGGGUCCCAGGGUGUCUGAGUGGGGAGCAUGAACUCAUUCACCCAGGUAUGGCCACUCCAUAGGGGGAAGGGUCAGUGGCGGUGGACACUUGUUCUACUUGCCUUCACUGCUUCACAAGGCCCUCCACUCUGGAGAAGCAGAGCAAUUUAAAACUGCUGCACUAGAUCACCCCCCCCCCCCCCCCCCCCCCCCCACACUACUGACGAUGUUAUAACUGUAGGGCAUUUUGUGGCAGUUUGAAAACAAGCAGGUGGGAGGAAUAGACACUGUGAAAAUGAAUAUCCCUGGUGGUGUCUGGAUUUUGGUGACUUCUGUGGGUGUGAUGUGAGGUCCAGGACUCCGCCCAUACUAAAAAUAACUAAGUUGGGCGGAUGGAUGUGCAGUGUUAAACUAAUGGAGAAAAGGCUGAUGGCCGCAAGAAAUGGGUAGGAACUGGAGUAUGAGUGAUAUAGGAGUUUAAUGCUGCUAAUUAAUUUUUAUCUUCAUUUUUGAAAUGAAGCAAAUGGGGGACCUAACCAAACUGAAUAACAACUGAAGGACAGGGCUCUGGUCAUUAAUUACUGACAUGAUAAUUAAUUAAUGGGCAGCUAGCUUGUUUUAAAGGUGAACAAUAACCUGUUUGAAUGAAGAUAAUCUGUAUGUAAAUAUAUAUUUAUUAAAGAGGAUAUGAAAGACAA